AUGGAUGUACCGAGCGAGGAUAGCCAUUUGGCUAGCAAAGAACCAAGUCUAUCCAUUCUGAAUCUUGCACCAAAAAGGCUACCAGGGCCUUCCCUGUUGCACAACUUGAUAUCGGCGGUAGCACGCCUCGAUGGUGCCUCCGCAAUACAUCAUUUCGCGGGCGCACAAGGGGUUACACACUUAUCGUACGAAAGUCUUCACCAAAAGUCAGACGUGCUUGCAGCCCGCAUAACCGCCGCAGUGGCCGGCGAUGCACUAGCAAUCAAACAGCUCAUUGUCCCAGUCUUGCUACCGCAGAGCCCCGAGCUCUAUGUUGCCCUGCUAGCUAUCCUGAAAGCCGGCGGAGCGUUCUGCCCUCUUAACCUGGACGCCCCGCCAGAAAGAGUUCGGUUUAUUUUGAAGGAUGUAUCUGCUCGAGUUGUCAUAACAUCACAAUCCCUUACAGAGACCUUCUCGGAGGAGCAAAAUGAUGUCAAAGUCAUCGAACUCAGUCCAGAUUGGGCUGACUCCCCUUUGGAGGAUGGCUGCGCCCACAGCGACUCCUUUGCACAUCGAGUCGCCACUCCCUCAGACCUGGCCUACGUUAUGUACACAUCCGGGUCCACUGGAACACCCAAAGGCGUCGGCGUCUCGCACGCUGCCGCGACCCAGAGCCUACUUGCUCAUGAUGAACACAUUCCACAAUUUCGCCGCUUCUUGCAGUUUGCAGCCCCGACUUUUGACGUGUCCGUCUUUGAAAUUUUCUUCCCGCUAUUCCGAGGAGUCACGCUAGUCAGCUGCGACAGACGCCUUAUGCUCGACGAUCUACCUGCCGUCUUGCGCCAGAUGGAAGUAGAUGCCUGCGAGCUCACACCGACGGUCGCGGGGAGUUUACUGAGAAAGAGGGAGAACGCACCGGGUCUCAAACUCCUUCUCACCAUUGGUGAAAUGUUGACCGGCCCAGUGGUGCAGGAGUUUGGGGGUAGCGGAGAGGGGCAGCAGGAUAGCAUUCUUUGGGCCAUGUAUGGACCAACGGAAGCGAGCAUACACUGCACUCUUCAACCAGCAGUCAAGACCGACAUGUCCGUGAACUGUAUCGGGUUCCCACUUUCCACGGUUUCCGCCUAUAUUGUUGCCAUACAAACAGAAGGUUCCGAGUCAAACCAGCCUCCUGAUGGUACCACCAAAGACCCAACUGUUCUUCCAGUGGGGGAGAUUGGUGAACUGGUUGUAGGCGGAUAUCAGCUGGCUGAAGGCUAUCUCAACCGUCCCGAACAGACCGCGUCUGCCUUCAUCGAUUCAAGAGAAUACGGGAGGCUCUAUCGUACAGGUGACAAAGCCCGUCUUCGCGCCGAUGGACUCCUCGAGUGCCUCGGUCGUAUCUCGGAUGGCCAGGUCAAGCUCCGUGGGCAGCGUAUGGAGCUUGGUGAAGUCGAGGCUGCCAUCCUUCGUGUGGAAGGCUGUCAUGGCGCAGUUGCAGCUGUCGUCAAUGGUACCAUUCUCGUCGCAUUCUGCCUUGUCGAUCCAGCUCAGGGGAAGGAUCAUAUUUCCACCGAGUCAAAAAUCACCAAAGCAUGCGAGGAUUGGCUGCCCAAGUUUAUGGUUCCCAAUGAAGUCUUGGUGCUAGACGAAUUUCCCCGGCUUCCCUCGGGCAAGGUAGAUCGCAAGGGCAUGGUGGCCGCUUACGAACAACAUAGGAAGGAAGCACAAGUUGUUGCAAGUGCCCCUGACUACCAAAGCUCUGUAGAGCAAAGGCUUUGCCAACUGGCAGAAGAAAGCCUUGGAGUCGCUGUCGGGCCUUCCAUUCGCCUGUCGUCGGCUGGUUUGGACUCCCUUGUUUCUAUAAAGCUCGCAUCAAAGAUUAGACAGUCGGGUUUCCACGUCAAAACUCUUGAUGUACUGCAGUCAAGGUCAAUCAGACACUUGGCGCAACUUGUCAGCGAGCUCCCAGGCGACAAGCAGGGAAUGGGAGCUGUUGAAUAUUGGCCGAUUGAGAGCGAGAUCGAAAUAUCCCACCCACCAUCAGACAUCCCCUGGCUUAUCCAGCAUGGCGCUAGCCAGAUUCAAGAAGUCAUUUGCUGUACACCCAUACAGGAAUCCAUGCUUGCAGAGACAGCAAGAAAUCCUGAUGCCUACUGCAACUGGGUCGAGUUGGAAGUUUCUGGACCAUACAGCACCCAGGAUGUGGUGCAAGCAGUUCAAAGGCUGGUGCAAGCCAAUGAGAUACUUCGAACAGGAUUUUCCCAAUCCGCAAAGGGUCAAUUCUUACAGAUUAUAUGGCAAAGGCUGGUUUGUUCCAGUGAAGGCGCGGAUGAGACAACACUGACAAUACCCUCUGGAGAAGACCUGCCAUCUUCCAUCAUCUACAUAAUACGGCAACAAGUCAGUUCCGUCCAGCUCACCAUCAGAUUACAUCAUGCUUUGUAUGAUGGGUGGUCUAUGGACAUAUUCGUCCGUGAUCUCAACCUUUCUCUCCAGGGAAAUUAUCUGCAACCGCCCCGUCAAUACAGCUCCAUCGUCAAAUACUAUAACUCACCGUCUUACAACACCGCAAAGGAUAACGCUAGGCAAUUUUGGGCAGGGAACCUCUUGGGGUAUCAACCGAGCACAUUUCCUCUUCUCGUUACAUCUCGAAAUUCUGGCCCAUCCAGGACGAGGUCAGAGACUUUCACGAUAGAUGUUGAUCCCGAUCGGCUCAAGGACCUGGCUAAAGACCUUGAAAUAGGCAGCCAGAUCAUUUUUGAGGCCUGCAUAAUCUGGAUUUGGAGCUUGAUCAUCGGCAGCAGCGAUGUAGUGAUAGGAACAGUAACCUCGGGCCGGACUCUGCCAAUCCCUGGAGUUGAAGACAUCAUGGGCCCCUGUUUGGCCUCAGUCCCGACAAGGACGAAACUCUCCGACGUUCGCACCGUCAAGGAGCUCUUGGGCUACCUCCAAGCCACCAACCGCGCAAUGCUCCCCCACUCAAUAUUGCCGCUUGCGGAAAUCAGGAAGGCUGCAGGGUUGUUGCCAUCUCAAUCUCUGUACGAUUUGCUGUUUGUUUAUCAGGAGUCACUCCUCAGCACGUCAAACAGUAGCGCGACUUCAAGCGUCAGACAGGUCGCACAUCAAGAUUAUUUGGAGACCAAGCUACUCUUUGAGGUUGAGCCGCGGUCUUCUGACUUUUUGCUCCGAGCUACCUAUCACACGAAUGCAGUUCCGGAUGACUACAUUCCUCUUCUUGCGGAGCAAGCUCGCUCUGUGAUCCACUACAUGGUCGAAAAUCCGGCCGCAUCGUUGGAAUGUCUACGCGAUGCUUUACCUUGUGCGAUGGUCUCAAAGCACAACAUCCGCCCGUCAUUAUACCAAGGAUGUGCUGAUCUGGCUCGCAUGGUUGAGGCGACGGCAACGAACUUCCCCGACACGCCUGCAAUUUGCUUCGCCGACAUGAUACCUGCCGCUGGUGAUAGUCAGGUCCAAACAGUGACCUAUCAAGAGCUCAACAGACAAGGAAACAGAAUUGCCCACCGACUUCUUGCUUCAAACAUCAUGCCUGGAAUGACAGUUGCAAUCAUUAUGGAGAAGUCAAUCUCGCUAUAUGCAGGCAUACUUGGCAUCCUGAAGGCUGGGUGUGCAUACCUGCCCCUUCUCCCAUCUACCCCGUUACAACGUAUCGAAACCAUUCUAGGUCACUCAGAGGCAACCGCCUGUCUUUGCGAUGCCUCUUCUAUCCACACCUUACGAAGAACACAGACACUUUGCAACUUGCUCGACGUAUCAAAUGAAGAAGAUCUGGUGCAAUUCCCAAACACCAAUCCAGAUGUCACCCCUGAUGGUUCUCGUGUGGCAAACAUCAUAUACACGUCAGGAAGUACAGGUACACCAAAGGGUGUUUGCGUAACCCAACUCAACAUUAUCAGCAAUCUCGAUGUUCUAUCGCGGCUUUAUCCUCUCAGCGAGGGGGAUGACAAGCCAGGGAGACUCUUGCAGUCCUGCUCUCAGGCAUUUGACGUCUCAGUAUUUGAGAUCUUUUAUGCCUGGAAGAUGGCGAUGUGCUUGUGCUCUGCAGUAAACGACACCCUGUUUGCUGACCUCGAAAAUGCCAUCCGGAAGCUCAGAAUCACACAUUUAAGCAUGACACCCACAGUUGCUGCUCUUGUAGACCCCAAAAAUGUCCCCGGAGUGGAGUUUUUGGUCACCUCGGGUGAGCCCAUGACGGACGCCGUGGCUUCCAAGUGGGCUGACAUUCUCUACCAAGGUUAUGGCCCAUCCGAGACAACAAACAUCUGCACAGUCAAGAAGAUGAAAAGUGGCGACGUAAUACAGCAUCUUGGUUUUGCCUUCGAGAACACAUCAUCUUUCGUCGUGUAUAGAGAAAGUCGCAACGGGGUUGUUGAACUGGUUCCUUUUGGCUGUGUCGGAGAGCUUUGUUUUGGCGGUGACCAAGUUGUACAAGGCUACCUAGGAAUGCCAGAGCUGACCAGGGAGAAAUUUGUCGACCACCCCGAGUAUGGUCGACUGUACAGAUCCGGAGACCUGGGCCGCAUGCUGCCCGAUGGAUCUCUCGUGAUCAGUGGCCGUGUUGACGACCAAAUCAAGCUUCGUGGGCAAAGGAUCGAGCUGAAAGAAAUCGAUUCUGUCACGCGAGAGUAUGAAGCUGUCAAUGCCGCUGUCACCAUUGUUGUUCGGCGGGGUACAGAAAAGGCCGAUCAGCUGGCGACAUUUUAUGUACCCUCAUCAAAAGCCGAAGCAUCAAAACAUGCAGUGUCAUACCAAGUGCUUGAUGAUGCCCAGAGCGCACAGACUCCUCCCGAGAACCAAGCUCUUUUCCAUCUUUUGAGCUCUCGUUUACCCACAUACAUGAUUCCAAAUUACCUAAUCUCCAUCUCCAUCAUACCAACAACCCCGUCUGGCAAGGUCGACAAAGAAAAACUGCGAGAGACUUUCACACAGUUCGAGCAAGAGACACUAGGUCGACUGAGUGCGAUGGGUGAUGCAACAGAAGAGGUAGAGGAGCAGUGGUCGGAGCUUGAAACAGCUAUCUCUCGGAUACUGGCCACUACUCUUGAAAUCGAGCAAAUGGCUAUUCGUCGUUGGACGCCGUUUCCAAGCCUGGGCCUGGAUUCCAUCUCGGCAAUACCUGUGGCAAAACAGUUGCGAGAACUAGUGGGUGCCCCAGUACCUGUCUCGCAGGUUCUCAAAAGCUCAUGUGUCGCCCGGCUCGGGCUGAUCCUGGAAGCCGCCCCUAUGCAGCCAGCUUCGACCAAGAAUGGAAGUGAAACCCAAUUCUUUGACAAAGAACUGCUUGGAAGCAUUGAGCAAAACUUCAAGAGUCAUCAAGACAGCAAUGCUGGCCACCGUGCUGAAAUAGAUGUCAUACUCCCAUGUACACCUCUGCAGCAGGGCAUGCUUGCAGCCUCGCAGACAGCAACAGCAAACUCCGGGUCAUCGUAUGUGAACCAAAUGGUAUUCAGGCUAGCGGUAGACCCGGAGACAAUGCGGUCUGCGUGGGAAACCAUGGUAGAGCGGCAUUCUAUCCUGCGCACCUGCUUUCUUACCACCAGUUCCUCAAGAUAUGCAAUGGCGCAAAUUAUCCUUAAGAACUGGAAACCUCAGUGGCACAUGUUCAACGAUGGGGCGAGCCUCGAUAAUUGCCUCAAAGCUAUGGCAGAUGGUCUGUCGCAGCCCCUGGAUUCUUUUGAGCCCCCGGUUUCGCUUGGCCUGGCUAAUGAUGACGGGACUAAUACUUUGAUCUUUACCUGUCACCACGCACUUUAUGAUGGAAGUGCUAUGACCACUCUCCUCGAUGAGGUUGAACAGUUUAUUCAAGCUGGAUCUUUGCCACCUUCGACAACUUCUUAUGAACCUUUCUUGCGGGAAAUCCUGUCUCUUCCGGACUCCGCAGACAGCUUUUGGAAACGACAGUUCUCCAAUUUCAUCCCCAAGACAUUGCCAACGAGCGUCAAGGGCAUAGAGUCCCAUGGCUCUGUGUCACAAGUUAUGGAGACCUCCUUGGAAAUGAUAAAUACUAGACUCAAGGAGCUCGGACUGUCCCUCCUGGCUCUUUGUCAAGCAUCAUGGGCAACGGCUCUUAGCAUCAUUUUGGAUGAACCAGAUGUUUGUUUUGGGAACGUCAUUAGCGGAAGAUCCGUACCAAUCGAUGGCAUAGAAAAGCUCAUCGCCCCGUGCUUCAAUACAAUUCCCGUUAGGGCGGACCUCUCUGGCCUGAGGCGAAAUAUCGACCUAGUCAAGGUUCUCCAGGAUUAUGGCGUCGAAGCCUUGCAGUACCAAUUCACACCUCUUCGCCGGAUUCAGUCGCUGAUUUCCUGCUCCAACGGUGCAACUCGUUUGUUUGAUAGCAUCAUGUUACUGCAACAGCCUUCCCGGCAGCUGAAUGGAAAGAUCUGGUCGCUCGAGCGCGACGAGGGUAGCAUGGACGUGCCUUUGGUAUGCGAAGCUAUUCCUGAGCCUCAGGAGAACAGCCUCGUUUUGAAGAUUCACUACGAUGGUGUCACCGCAUCGUCACCAAUGGCAUCCUUUCUUGUGCAGUUAUUCUCCCAUAUAUUCUGCGAGGCUCUCUCAUAUCCUUCGGCGGCUCCUUUGACGCAGGAUGCACUUCCUGAUGGCUUCAGACAACAACUUGAGGCUUUGGAGUUAGACCUUUCUAGUUCAACGUCUACUAUCGACAACGAUUGGACUCAGAUGCCAAUAGUUGCAGAGAGUUCGUUGAUUUCCGAGACAGAAUCAUGCAUUCGCUCUAUACUAGCAAAACUCGCGAAAGUGCCCGAAUCGGCAAUUCUGUCGAAUACCACUAUAUUCCAGUUAGGGCUAGACAGUAUCAGCGCUGUCCAGAUUGCCUCUGCUUUGCGGCAAGAGAAUUUUCAAGUCUCGUCGAUAGACGUCAUGGAGCAUCCUACAUACUCCGGUCUGUCUCGAUUUCUCGACAAGAACAAGAAAAGAGUUUCUCGAAGCACAAGCCCUUUGUAUGACCUCAACAGCUUCCAGAAUGAGUGCGCGAAGUACAUUACAGACAACAGCCAAUACCGUCAUACCGUUGAGGCAAUACUCCCGUGUACGCCUUUGCAACAAGCUAUGCUGAGCGAGUUCAUCAACUCUGAUGGCAACAACUAUCUCAACUUUCUGCAUCUCCGUCUCGGCAACAACAACACAUCUGCAGAUGAUCUGCUGAGAGCAUGGAAGAAUUGCUCAGACAGUUUCGAGAUGCUGCGGACAGGCUUCAUUCCAAUCGACCACAAAGACGCUUCAUUUGCCAUGAUCAGAUACCGGGAAUGGGCUAGCAAAGUGACCAGUGUUCCCAGAGAAGCUAUUGCAAAUUUCUCUGUUGAUAAGUGGCGCUCAGAGGUGAAAAGCACGGUAUAUAACAACCUUGACCGGCCUCCGUGGGAAGCAGUUACUUUAGAUGGAGAGGCAUGCGUAGAAGUUCACCUCGCCAUCCACCAUGUCCUUUACGACGCGCAAUCUCUCAAGACUAUCCUGGAUUCUUUGGCUUCAUCAGCUACCCACAAGCAACCAGUGGCUCGGAAUGCUACAGUUGAUGUUGCAGUCCAGGAGAUUAUUUCCCAGUCCACAGUUGGCCAAGAGGAUGCACAAACCUACUGGCGCAGCUUGGCCUCCGAGACGGUGAUCAAUCGAUUCCCAGUCAUGACGCCCCUGCGCGUAGAACAGCGGUCUAUCUGUGUGGAGUCGCAUUUGAGCAGCACAAAAGUUUCUCUCCUGGAAAACUCGCUCAAAAAAGAGGGCAUCACCAUGCAGGCUGCGAUACAGGGAGCGUGGACCAGGAUUCUCAGCUCCUAUCUCGGAGAGUCCUCCAUGGUGUUUGGGACUGUUCUUUCUGGCCGUAAUUCUGGCGCUACCAGAUCGGCUGCUUUCCCUUGCAUCACCACUCUUCCAGUAAUUGCAGAAAACAAGAGCCUAAACAGGAGUUUGCUCGAGAGUUUGAUGGAUAGAAACAAGAACCUACAUCGUCAUCAACACGUACCAAUGACGCAUAUUCAAAACUGGCUGGGACUUCCGGAAACAAGACUAUUUGAUACACUUGUGGUCUAUCAAAAGCUACAAGAUGAGACAGGACAAGAUCCAUCGAACAUUUGGGAGGUCCUCGAAGACAAAGCUACAGUCGAUUAUCCGCUCUCGUUGGAAGUUGAGUCCCGUGGCGAUUACCUGCACUACCAGCUGACGUAUUUCAAUGAUGUUUUACCCCAAGAACAGUCUGCGUUACUCGUCAGGCAAUUUGACGCGGUUCUGACACAUUUGGCCCUUGAACCUGAGGGCUGCGAGGAUGACCUAUGGACGAAAAGCUCCUCUUUGUUUUCCAUUACGCCAGCUGCCGAGCCAGAACUGGCCUCAGAUGUCAAGUUUCUUCAUCAAUUUGUGGAGGAGGCGGCCCAGCGUUACCCUCAUAAGGCAGCCCUGGAAUUUGUGUCUGCGCUUGACGGCUGCGGUCCUGUAUCACGUACAUGGAACUUUGCAGAACUUGACCAAAACGGUAACCGAGUCGCCCACAUUCUCGCUCCAUACACCAAGGUCGGUGGCAUUGUUGCCAUACUUUUUGAUAAGUGCCCUGAGGCAUAUUUUGCGAUUCUUGGGAUACUCAAGUCGGGCUGUUCCUUUGUUGCGUUGGAUCCAGCAGCACCUGCUGCGAGGAGACAGUUCAUAAUUGAGGACUCUGGGGCCUCGGCUCUCAUGACCGACGUAGACCGGGCUUCAAAUUUGGACAUUAACGUCUCGGUCCCGGUACUAGGGCUGGAUGAGGACUUUAUUCUUUCGUCGCCAUUCACCCCUUUGACAGGCCGACAGGCUGAGCUAAGCCCCCAAGACAGGAGCUACUGUCUCUAUACGUCUGGCACCACCGGAACACCAAAAGGCUGCGAGAUUACGCAUGAGAAUGCCGUACAAGCUAUGCUCGCCUUCCAAGACCUGUUCUCUGGCCACUGGAACGAAGACUCCAAGUGGCUGCAAUUCGCUUCGUUCCAUUUUGACGUCUCUGUUCUGGAGCAGUAUUGGAGCUGGAGUGUUGGUAUCGCCCUUGUGGCUGCACCCAAAGAUCUCAUCCUGGAAGAUCUGAUCACCACCAUCUCGAGUCUGCAAAUCACCCACAUAGAUCUGACGCCUAGCCUGGCGCGCCUGGUCCACCCGGACGAUGUUCCAUCGCUCUGUAAGGGGGUGUUUAUCACCGGUGGUGAGCAGCUGAAGCAAGAAAUUCUCGACGCCUGGGGUGACCAAGGCGUCAUUUACAACGCUUAUGGCCCGACAGAGGCAACUAUAGGCGUCACAAUGUACCAACGUGUGCCCCGCAACGGCCGCGCAUCCAAUAUAGGCAAGCAGUUCCUCAAUGUCGGAUCGUACGUGUUUAAGCCCGGCACCGAGGUUCCCACGUUGAGAGGAGGCGUGGGUGAGCUUUGCGUAUCCGGGAAGCUGGUUGGCAAAGGGUACUUGAACCGCGAAGACCUCACAACAGAAAGGUUUCCGACUCUUGAAUACUUCGGCGAGAGGGUUUAUAGGACGGGAGACCUCGUCAGGAUUCUCCACGAUGGCUGCUUCGACUUUCUCGGGCGUGCGGAUGACCAGGUGAAGCUCCGUGGACAACGUCUUGAAAUUGGCGAAAUCAACCAUGCGAUCAAGAGCGGCAUAUCGCAGGUUCAGGAUGUGGCUACGCUGGUUAUUCGCGAUGAGAACAAACAAAAGGACUUUUUGGUAUCUUUUGUAGUUGUGGAUGACGAGAGGGAUGGUCCCGAAUGGCAGGGUCAGACUCUACAACCAGUGUUCUCGCCUGACGCCGCGACCCUGGCUCGUGAUGUGCAGGACGCCUGCCGAGCAAAACUCCCUGGGUACAUGGUACCUACCUACGUCCUGAAGCUUCCCUUCAUGCCACUGUCAUCCAACAACAAGGCAGAGGUGAAGCUGCUUAGAUCAUUGUUUUCUCGUUUGACCCAGGACCAGCUAGUCGCGGCGUCUUCGGCGGGCGCCCGUACCGCUGCAGAUUUAAACGGUGAAAUUGCCCGAAUUUUGAUUGGCACCCUCCGGAACAUGCAAAUCCUCAGCUCCGGACAGGAACCCACAGCAGAUAUCAGCAUCUUCGAGCUUGGUAUAGAUUCCAUCUCAGUCCUGCGCUUGUCCAGGGCCCUGAAGCGUGGGGGUCUAGCUCAAGCCACUCCUGCUCUGAUCCUGAAGAACCCUGUCCUGGGCGACCUUGUUCGAGCUCUCCAGUCCGAAGUGACUGCCAAUGACACUGGUGCAGUUCUCGAAGCCAGACAACUCGUCGAGGCUUGCCAGCACCUCCAUCGGUCGCGUGCCUGUCGGGCCCUGGGCGUUUCUUCGGAGCACAUUGAGUACAUUGCCCCCUGCUCGGCACUACAACAUGGCAUGGCAAUUCGGUGCAAGACAGAGGAGCACAGAAGCACGUACUUUAAUGUUUUUACUUUUGAGCUCCGGCCGGGUGUUGACAUUGCACGGCUCAAGUCCUCCUGGCAAAUUAUCGUCGACUCGUUUGCGAUUCUGAGGAGCAAGUUCCUCGUCUCUUCGGAAGGGUUUGUCCAAGUGGCCCUGAAAGAGAUGCAGCUUCCAUGGACUGAACUUGAAACAAGCACUGAUGGCCUAGAGGGUCAAUUGCUUGAAAUGUACGACCAGUGGGUUGAGCGAAACUCACAAAACAUCACGUCGCCGCUCGAGCUCCUUCUUAUCAAAACCGAGGGCAAGAAUAUCCUCAGACUACAGAUCUUCCAUGGACUCUAUGACGCCAAUAGUCUCGGCAUGAUGAUUGCCAAAGUGGCGGCUCUUUAUUUUGGCACAGAGGACAUCGAGUCUCGGACCACCUUCAUCGAUGCCCUCAUCCACGGCCCUCUGAGGAAUUUUAACCACACCAAAAGCUUCUGGGAACAUCACCUGAGCGGCGUUGCACUGCAAAGCCUUCCUCAACUCUCUGAGCGACCUACAUCUCAUGAUAUUGGGCUUUCUCGGACCCUCAGUUUUGCUUCCCUGGAGCCUGUCCGGCAAAGGCUAAACGUCACACAUUCUGCAGUUAUCCAGGCUCUCUGGCUCUCGGUUCUGCAAUCUCGCUACGCCAAACCCUUGACCCUGGGUGUCAUUGUAUUCGGGCGUGCCAUCGACGUUGAGAACGCUGAGCACGUCGUCGGGCCCUUGUUCAACACUCUGCCCUUCCACUCGGGGACUUCUACCAGCGGGAGCGAGACGUGGGCCUCGCUUGUGCGGACCUGCCACUCAUUCAACACGGCCACGCUCCCGUUCCAGCACGUCCCGCUCCGCGAUAUCCAGAAAUGGUGCUCAGGGGGCAGGCCGCUCUUCGAUACUCUCUUUUCCUGCCAGAGAGAGCCGCUUUCUUCUGUUUCGGCGGCCGAACAGCUCUGGACUGAGGUCUCUGCAUCCUCGGCUCUCGUCAGUUCAGACUAUCCACUUGCGUUCGAGGCCACCCUUGCCCAUGAUGACCGUCUCGAGCUCCUUCUGGUCGCACAGAAGGGAUUCGCAGAUGAGGAUGUCCUCUCGACCAUGCUAGACGAAUUCGAACAAUCCAUGGCCAUGAUUGCCGGGAACAUGGACAGUGUGAUUGGGUCACUUGACGGUGGUCUUGCUCCCGAAAGACCCAGCCAUGAGAUAGGGGAUGGACAGGCCACUUUGAACCAGUUCGAGGUUGAAAAGACGAGUUUUGCGUGGUCAGACGAGGCGUCUCUUAUUAGAAAUGAGAUUGCAGCUCUUGCAGGCGUGUCGCCUGAAGAGAUGAACGAAUCAACCAGCCUACUGGAGCUUGGACUAGAUAGUAUAGACACAAUCAAGCUCUCGGCACGACUGAAGAAGAGUGGAAUUAUUCUCACCAACAGCCAACUCGUCAAGGGCCAAACGAUUGCACGGUUCACGGACAUUCUCGGCCAGGUCAACAAGACAAACAACACAGUCAUGAGCAACAGUGCCGGCGACAACGCAGCUUCGAGGGUUUCAAGCCUGACAGAAGCGCUUAGGAAGCACAUAACAUCCCACAUCCAGAAUCUGGACUUGGAUCAAGUGCAAGCCGUGCUGCCGCCGACCCCGCUGCAGGAUGCCAUGGCUGCUGACAUGUUCCAGUCGGGCAUGCGGCGCUACUUCAAUCAUGAUGUCCUCGAGCUCCCUCCAAAUGUGGACAUGGAGAGGCUUGGGUCCGCAUGGCAAUCUGUCGUCGAUCAUUCCCCUAUCCUGCGUACCACUUUUGUCGAGGUGGAAAGUCCCGAGUUCGACUUUGCCUAUUGCCAGGUUGUGCAUGGGAAAAUUCAGCUGAGCUGGAGCCAGCAAGAGGUGGCUGCGCAGGAAGAGUUUCGUCAGAUCAUCGAAAGCAUCCGCCGCCAUGCUGAAGAUACGGGAGGCUCAGAUGGUCUGUUCAAAGUGACACCUGUGUGCCUUGGAAAGCAGAGAUUUGUCAUUUUGUCCAUUGCCCAUGCUCUCUACGAUGGAUGGUCACUUGAAUUGCUGUUGCAAGAUGUUCAGGACGCAUAUAAUGGUCACUAUUCGCCUCGGCCCGCUUAUCUAGACUAUCUUGGACACAUCCUCGAGUCUGCCACGGAAGAGUCCAAGGACUUUUGGAUCGACACACUUACAGGAGCCUACGCAACGACCAUCCAGCCUCGCAAGCUGCAAUUAGGAAGUAGGAAGGCCAGCGAUAACACCAAGCCGAGGGAAACUCCAAUUCACCGCGCCGAAUUGACAUCCACCAAACCCGCGUCGGAGCUCUCAGCGUUCUGCAGACGUCGCGCCGUCAGUCCGCAGGUCGUUGGACAAGUCUGCUGGGCUGCGGUCCUGAGUCGAAGAGUCCAGUCGCUGGAUUUAACAUUUGGUUGUGUUCUGUCCGGCCGCGAGACAGAGUCCGCCGAGACCCUGAUGUUCCCCACGAUGAACACGGUGGCCGUCCGCGCCGUCCUGCACGGCACGAUUGGUUCUCUACUCCGGUACUUUCAGGAGACCAUGGCCGGAGUGCUUCAGUAUCAGCACUUUCCACUACGCAAGGCACAACGUCUGGGCGGUAGUCGGAAUCCGGACGGAUUAUUCAAUACGCUUUUCGUCAUGCAAAAGCAACGGCGCAAUUCUACUUCCGAGCCUAGUGAUCUGCUCAUGACUUCAGUCGACGGCACUUCGGCAGUUGAGUACCCGGUCUGCAUCGAGAUGGAGAUUGUUGACGACUCGGUCAUCUGGCGCACAGCCUGCAGCGAUGAUUUUCUCGGGAAGCAGGAUACGGAACAAUUAUUGCGUGAGCUGGAUCAGGUACUUGCUUUCCUUGCCGAGUCCUCGCCGGACCUUUCAGUGCUUCGCUCAGCAACAUCACGCCCUGGGGUCGCCGGUAGUGAUAUCCUGGUGUGUGGACUUGAUCCCUUCAGGCUCAAGGCUCAAAACACAGCAUCUUCGACCACUGCCAUGUCUUCACAGACUGACGUGUCGACUCUUAUCGACGUGGAUUCAGACGAGGAGUGGACGGAUAUUGAACAAAAGUUGAGAACGGCGCUGGCAGAGGUGAGCGGUCUGCCGCAGGGUGCUGUCAAAAAGUCGUACAAUCUCUACAACAUCGGCCUCGACUCGAUCAGCGCCAUAAAAGUCUCUUCUCUGCUGCGAAAGGCGGGGAUCCAAAUACGCGUCAAGGAUCUACUCAGAGCUGAAAGCCUGGUUGAUAUGGCCAAGAUGACUGCCAGCUUGGAACAAGCCGUUCCCGAGUUGCCCAAAAAGACCAUGGCCAUUGGCCCCGCAGAACUUGGUGUCUAUGAGCCAUUGGUUCUUGAGGCCGGCUUGGCCAAGGAAAGCGUAGAGCGGAUCAUUCCUGCUACUGCGAUGCAGGCUCACAUGAUCUCCCUAUGGCAAAAGACGGACGGAGCUGUCUUCUUUCCCGAGUUUCAAUACCGAUUACCUGAAAGAUAUAAUGACUUCACACUCGGGAUACUUCAACAGGGGUGGAGAGACAUGGUCUGCGAGCUGACCAUCCUCAGGACCGUCUUUAUCGCCACUAAUAACAGGGACUUUCCAUUUAUUCAAGUAGUCUUACUUCCAAACGAGCCCUACCAACAGCAGACAUUAUCCUUGGGUGACGAGCCGGGCCAGAUCCAAAGCGAUGUGCUCUCCCUUCCAAUGGUUUACUUUGCUGCCAAACGGGAGUCGGAGGGUAGUGCAACCAGCCCCUGGAUAAUAACCAUCAAGCUUCACCAUGCUCUUUACGAUGCCUUCAGCCUUCAAAACAUAACCCGUCACUUUGGGGAGCUGCUUGCAAGAGGGAGCUCAGCACCUUUCUCCCCCGCUCCUGAUUACACCGGUAACUGGAACGCCAGAAUCACGUCAGAGGACUCCCAGGAACUCAGGAACAGCCGCAAAAGGUUUUGGGUUGAUUAUCUCCAAGGGGCAACCUCGACUACCUUUGCUGGUAUUCCGGCCGGCCUCGCCAGUCAGACCGCCAUUGAUGCCAAAGCAAGAAUCUCAAAAUUUGUGCCUGGCGCGGUCUCAACCAUUUCAGAUAUACAGUCAGAGUGUGCGAGCCGCGGUGUGAGCUUCCAAGCAUUGUUCAUAGCAGCCACCGCCGUGGUGAUAUCCGCCCCGAUCUCUGCAGAAGGCUCCUCUGCCAAUGACGUCGUCUUGGGGCUCUAUCUCGGCCACAGAGACGACCAGGACAGCCAUCAAUUGCCAUACCAUCCCACGCUGAGCCUGGUGCCGCUGAGAGUCCGCCGCGCGUCCGUCGGCCGCAACCUGUUCGACGUGGCCACCGAGGUGCAGCGGGACCUUUACAACAUAUCCGACGCUGGCAACGCCGCGGUCGGCCUCUGGGAGAUCCAAGACUGGACCGGGGUGCAGGUCGACUGCUUUGUCAACUUUCUCGGUUCGACUGUACUCGACGAGCAGGACGAGGACCGAAGCAACGUUCCGGAGCCAGUGGGAGAUGGCACCGCCCUGGCUAGUGUCGCACGGGCUACUAUGCACCCUCAAAACUACCAUUGGCUUCGGGAAAAUACUGUCAUUGACGCAUUCAAGGAUGCUGUCGAUAUUGAGGCUGCCUUUGACAACAAGAAUGGCCUUGACAUUGGUGUCUUUGGACCCGGAGGCAUGCUGAGAGAUGAAGAAGGGGCCACGCAUGUUAUCUUGCGUCUUGUAGAGGUUAUUGAUGCCCUGGCCAGACAUGAUUGAAUUGGCAGUUGGCCGGGUGUUCACUGGGAAUCUUGUAGCUUUGUUUCUUCGUCACAUAUUUUGGUUCUGUCACAUGGUUUCUGUGUAGUCAUCUAUUUUCGUUUUGUACUUUUUACAUAACAUCGGUUGAGCGUUGCUUGACAUAUCCUCAUCUCGCAUGGAAUACAUUAUCUC